CCCGUUUGUAGCAAACACUUAGCUAGCUAGUGAGCUAGCUAGCUAGCUCUUGUUACAAUGUUCCUGUGCUCAGUUCGCACGCGUUAAAUUUGGAGAUAGAUUAGCCUUUAUGAAAACUACUAUUUUGUAUUUUAAUAUACUGCGAUACACUGUGUGGGCUAGGCCCCGCCCAUCUGUAGAGGUAAACAAAGCUAUCGGGAUCGAGCUAGGACAUAGCAGCCAUCGUCACCCCCACUCGAAUCGUCGCCUGUAAAUGGAAAUAUAACUAUCAUUUCGCUAUGAAUUGCCGCUCAGAAGUUCUUGAAGUCACAGUGGAGGCGAGGCAGGUUGAAGAAGCUAUGCUGGCUUUGCUGCACACCAUUUUACUGCAUCGCAGCUCCGGUAAAUUUCACUACAAAAAGGAGGGCACCUACUCCAUAGGUACCGUGGGCACACUCGACAUCGACUGUGACUUCAUCGAUUUCACCUUUGUCAGGGUGUCCUCGGAGGAGCUGGACAGAGGGAUCCGGAGAGCUGUGUCUGAAUUCAAGGAUGCGUUGAGCAUCACUGGCAGCGAUGGCAUGGGGCAAAUCUCCCUGGAGUUCUACCAGAAGAAGAAGUCUCGCUGGCCUUUUUCUGACGAGUGUAUUCCCUGGGAAGUGUGGAGCAUCAAGGUCAACGUUGUCAACCUGGCCAACGAGCAGGAGAGGCAGAUCUGCAGGGAGAAAGUGGGCGAGAAGCUGGGCGAGAAGGUGAUCAAUGUCGUUGAGGUCAUAAACCGCCACGAAUACCUGCCAAAGAUGCCCACCCAGUCUGAAGUGGACAAUGUUUUCGACACCAGUCUCAAAGAUGUCCAGCCCUACCUGUACAAAAUCACAUACCAGAUCACAGACACUCUUGGUACCUCUGUAAGCACGACAAUGAGAAGGCUGAUUAAAGACACCCUGGCACUGUGAGGAUGCUCCGAGACAGAAAGAAGAAAGAUCUGGAUGAUUUUGUCCAUACAUGUAUCUAUAGUCUCGCCUGACAACUCUUUUUAUGAUCAGAAACACAAUUUGACAGCUCUACUGCUGCUACAAUGAGGCAGUGUCAGUGUAAACACCUAAUCCGUAAUUAUUUUUUUUUGAUGUCUCUGCUGUGGUUUCGGUAUUGCUUGUACCUUAAGAAUCUUGAUUAUGUCAUGUCGAUUUAAAAGACAUUUAGUUUUUUUGCAAGCUUUCUCUUUCCAAAUUAUCUUCACCUUCCUCCAUCUAGAAAUGCAAAGUUAACACAGUAGCAAACUAUAUGUCGGUGACAUUCUUUUUCAAAAGUUGUUUUGCUGAUAAUGUCAGAUCUGUAAAUUAUUGUUAAUCUUUGACAAUAAAUGUUGUUCACUGUAACUGAUGAUACU